GGCGGAUCCAUCCAUCGAUGUGGAUCAGGCCCCAUAAUCCAAAAGCCACCCAAGUACAAGCCAUGGCCCUCAAGCUCGCGUACCAAGGCGUCCCUGGCGCGUACUCGGAGAAGGCAGUCCAUCAGCUGCUUGGCGCGAACGCCGCCACCACCAUCGGCCACGCUUCGUUUGAAAGCGCCGUCGUUGCUGUCCAAUCUGGCGCUGCCGACUACGCCCUCGUGCCCAUCGAAAACACGCUGGGCGGCACCAUCCAUGUCAACUACGACUUGAUCUUGCGCUACAAGCUCCACAUUGUCGCGGAAACCCACCUUCGUGUGAACCACCACUUGCUCGGGCUGCCUGGCUCGACCAAGGACGCGAUCAAAACUGUUAUCUCGCACCCCCAAGCCCUCGCGCAAUGCGAUCGUUACAUUCGCAACCUUGGCGCGGUACCCCGCGACGAAGAAGACACGGCCGGAUCCGCCAAGCUUCUUGCGGCACACCCCGACUGGAAGACCACCGCUGCCAUCGCAAGCGACCUCGCGGCGUCCCUCUACGGCCUUGUAGUCCUCGACAGCAGCAUCGAAGACGAAUCCAACAACUACACUCGCUUCUUGCUGUUGUCCCCGUCGCCGGCAGCCACACUCACGGGCACCGUCAAGUCCACCAUCGCGUUCGCGUCCGCGGGCGGCGCUGCCGCCUUGCCUCGCGCACUCGCCUCGUUCUCGGCACUUCAUCUGACCAAGUUGGAAUCUCGUCCUUUCGGCCCGGUCGCCAACCAAGUGCUGAACGCUGGUGUGACGGGCGACAAGUACAAGUACGUUUUCUACGCGGAUGUCACGGGCACGUCUGCGGCGGUCACGGCGGCCGUGUCGGCACUGAAGGCCCUCGACGCUAUGGACGUCCUAGUCUUGGGCACCUACCCGCUGGAUGGUGCGCUUGUCGGCUCGAUCACCGUGCCGGCGCGUCCUGCUGCCCCUGCCAAGGGCUUGAACCCUCUCCUGAACAAGCUCGCGCCGUCCAAGACCAACCAAAUCCACGGGCUCACCAAGCAACUGGAAGCUCAAGGGGAAACUGUGUACUCGCUGUGCGUGGGUGAACCCGACUUUAACCCGCACGCCGCGAUUAUCACCAAGGCGCAACAAGCCCUCGCCGAUGGCUUCGUCAAGUACACGGAGGUGCCUGGUAUGAUUGCGCUUCGCCGAGGCAUUGCGCGCUACUUGGAGCGCUCCAAGGGCGUCAAGUACGACGCCGCGUCUGAAAUCCUCGUUUCGAGCGGCGCCAAGCAGAGCGUGUUCCAGGCGCUGCUCGUGGCAUGCACACCGGGUGACAAGGUGCUCAUCCCGGCGCCGUACUGGGUGAGCUACCCCGACAUGGCCAAGCUUGCCGGCGCCGUCCCCGUGACGCUUCCCACGACGCUGGCCAACUCGUACCUGAUCGAGCCGGCCGUUCUUCGCGCGUCGCUGCUGGCGCACCCUACGACCCGUGUCCUCAUUCUGUGUAACCCGAGCAACCCCGCCGGUGUCCUCCACGGCCCCGAGCUCCUCGCUGAAAUCGCUGAAGUGCUGCAGGAAUUCCCGAACGUGUUGGUGCUGGCGGAUGAAAUCUACGAGCAGCUUGUGUUCCAGGACGACGGCACCCCCACGCGCCGUCACAUCAGCGUCGCGUCGCUACCGAACAUGCGCCACCGCACGUUGAUCAUCAACGGGUUCUCCAAGAGCCACGCGAUGACGGGUCUCCGCAUCGGGUACAUGGCCGCCCCCAAGGAAUUCACGGCCGCCGCGUCCAAGAUCCAAAGUCAAAUCACGUCGUGCCCGAGCUCGAUCGGUCAAAUUGCCGCGAUCGCCGCGCUGGAACUCGAGGAAGCGUCGCCGACGCCGCUCAUUGCUGGUACCCUGGCCAAUAUGGAUGAAAAGCGCAAGUACGUAUGCGGCCGCCUGAACUCGAUGCCGCAUGUCCAGUAUGCGUACCCCACGGGCGCGUUCUACGUCUUCAUCGAGCUCCCGCACUACAUCGGGACGGGGUUCAAAACUCCUGCCGGCGUUGCCAUCGACACGGACGAAGCGUUCACGACCUACUUGCUCGGAUCGUUCCACUGCGCGAUUGUGCCUGGGUCGUCCUUUGGCAUUGAAAAGGCCGUGCGUCUGUCGUACGCGACGUCACUCGAAAUCUUGGGCCACUCCCUCGACGCGUUCGAAAACAGCUUGAAGUCGCUCGUGCGUUAAGUUAAUCAUGUCUUCAUCAGUUUGAGUGGCACCCCACACACUCGAUAAGUUUCCAAUGCGCUAGCCGUCGUGGAAAGCGACUCGACGGCCGGACUUGGAUCCUUUGACGCGUUGCAUGCCAUGGCCUACCCAGCG